AUGCUUAGACACCAAAGUUCUCUCGAACUACUGUACCGUCUGAGCUGCAGCAGGUACAAGGAUUUCGAGGAUGAAGGAGAGGAGGAGGAGCAGAGGCAAGGCACCAAGGAGAACGUGCAGCGCAAGCAGGCCAGGACCGUGGGAGAAAGGGAGGAGUCCGACAACGAGAUCAGCGAGAGUGAGUCGGAGGACGAGGACAACGAUGUCAUCUACAAUCCCAAGAACCUGCCCCUGGGAUGGGACGGGAAGCCCAUUCCGUACUGGCUGUACAAGUUGCAUGGCCUGAACAUCAGCUACACAUGCGAAAUCUGUGGCAACUUUAUCUACAGAGGGCCCAAAGCGUUCCAAAGACACUUUGCGGAAUGGCGACACGCCCAUGGAAUGAGGUGUCUCGGGAUCCCCAACACAGCCCACUUCGCCAAUGUCACGAGCAUCGAGGAUGCUUUGACGCUUUGGAACAAGCUGAAGGACGAAAAGUCUAAGGAAAGGUUCCAGGCGGUGACUGAGGAGGAGUACGAGGACACCCACGGAAAUGUAGUCAACAAGAAGACCUUCGAAGAUCUCAAGCGUCAAGGACUGCUGUGA